UUGGACGAAGACAACCUUGGAGUGCAGUUGGAUUACGAAACUCGAGUGAUCAUGUUCUUCCGCAAAAUCCUGUUUGUUCUACUCGUCGCCACUCUAGGAUCAUCAUGGUUCUCGGAGGGGGUUUUCAAUGUCGUUGAUGCAUACCGUCAGAAAUAUGCAUACCCUAAACAAUAUUAUGAACAAUACGGAAUCAGCAAUCAGCAAGCUGUAGCUGUAGGAAGGUUAAGCCGUGUGCGGCAACAUGUUAGACAGAGGUUGUCCGCACUUCCAGCACCUCAGUCACCAUCUGUAGUUUUCUAUCCUGCUCCUAAAGAUAACCGUUAUGAAAAUCGACCUAUCUUAGGUUUGUUUGAAACAUUCCAUAAAGUGAAAAUGUGUGCCCUUAGUCUCUUUACGAUAUGUGAAUAG